GGGACUAAAGUGUUAAUAUUCCCGAAAUAUGAGACUUUUACGAAAUAAAAUCUAAAAAAAUCUAACUGUAAAUAGAAUAUGAACCCUAGAUCAUGAAUAAUAAUCACCAAUCACCAUCGACGAAACCGCUGGUGCUGCCGAUUGUCUCUCCAUUUUUUUUAUCAGGGAUGAGACGAGAAGUAGAAGAUGUUGUGGAGUUGAUGCAGAAUAUACAAUCCCAGUUGACAGUAAAAGAAGCUGCCCAAACAAGCGUGUUGUCCAAGUCUUGGCUACACGCCUGGUCUACCUUCCCCAACCUCAGGUUCGAUGUUGGAAGAGGAAAGAGCAUGAAGUUGGUGGACGUGGAGCGCACUCUGAUAAGGUAUCACCAUGACAACACACCAAUCAAAAGGUUUGACCUUAAGAUCGACAUUGAGAAUCAGGAGUCAGCUUCUCAAGCUGAAAAAUGGAUCGGGGAUGUGACCACCAAAACUUGUCUCAAAGAGAUUUCCCUCUCGCUCUUACUUUGGGGUGCCUCGUUUAGGUUGCCAGAUGAGAUAUUGGCAAGUGGGAAUCUAACCAAGAUAAGAGUUUCAGCACCGAGGAUCCAUCCCAAUUCCAUUUGGAUGACAAUGACGAAACCUGUGAUCAAGUGUGUGUCAUCCCUACGAGAACUGCACUUGGAAGGUGUGAGCAUAAGUGAAGAGGCACUUCAUCACAUAUUGUCGUCUUGUUGCUUGCUUGAGAAGAUAGAGCUUUUACAUUCUUGUGAGGGGUUCAAGACCAUCAAGAUUAAAAACCUUCCUCGUCUUUACGAACUAAACAUAUCUUUCGUUAGUCUAUAUGAAAACUCUACUGCUUUGGAAAUCAGUGAUGUCCCAAAACUUGGUGUGUUUAGCUACUAUAUACGUGAUGUUUUUCAAUCACAUAUUCCUCUUGUAAUUGAGCCAUUAAAUUCCCAUUCAAUAUCAAUGCGCAAGGUGAGACGAUUAAUGUUAGGUGAUGUGAUAACGGACAACACGUGUCUGGACAUAUGA